CUCCAUAGGGAUUGCUGGAGGAGGCGGGAUUUCUGACCUAUACUGCAGCCCGUCAACAGAGGGUGCUGUUCUCGGAGUGGCUUCACCCAGCGAGGAGGCAGACAGCGUCCAUUCUCUACACAGUCUAUGGUAGGAUCACUGAGGUCAAGAGUGCUUUGAUUGGCCAGGUUACAAUGAGAGCGCCCUCUGCUGGAAGCUUCUUAAGGCGGCCUAAUGCGCUGGUAUACUGUAUCAUUAUGAGUUCAAUCAGCUUGAACAUGACCGAAAAUGACCUCUGUUGCUGUAUUCGUAUCAGGAUAAUCAGUUUUAACAUUUUCAAUUACAGUUCAAUGAUUUGCAAAUCAUUAAAUUCUGUUUUUUUUAAAUAAUUUAACUAUUUUUAUUCAGGGUCUUAACUUUUUUGUUUAGAGUUCGAUUUUCUUAACAUACAGAGAAAAACUUCCUCUGCUGUGUAUGUUGUGAAAUACAGUAUGGCCUACUAUAAAUGGACAUUGCCUCCAGAGGUAGGCAUUCAUAAGCACUUAGUGUCCCUACACACCACAGGAAGCUCGCCGCUGCAUUUAUUAAAGAUCUUAGCUGUUUAUAUACUCCCCCUCUAAGCUCCUCCAGAGUAAAAAUCUGAGUCAAUAUGCGGAGAGAAAAAAAGAAACAGCCACACACAGAAGGAGUGUAACAUCUCUCUGAACCCGUGUUUACAUUCAGGACAGUGCUGCAGGGGUAUAAAAGCUCCUCCAUCUGCCCUGCCCUGCCUGAGCUGCACCGAGCAGCCUCCAACUUUAACUCUAACGCACAAAAACCUCACACAACCCAAACAGGAGGAAUGCCGGGGACGUGCUCAGGACACAACAGACGAGAUAGAUAGAGACGGGGGAGAAAUGUGACCUUUAGAGAAAGAUUUAAAGGACAUUCAGACUCAAAGAGUUUGGAUACACUGUGGAGCUGAGCGCGAACUUGCAGGGCUGCACUGAUACUUGACUGGGAGCUGCUGCAUGAAAGGUGCAGCUUACACCGGGGCAACAAUGAAAACAGUCAGCUUACUGCGGCUGAAUAAGAAUUAUAGUUCAGGUAACUGAGAGAGCAGCUCUUCUGGAUAUAAGCUGAGCUGAAUAUUGACGCGAACACUGCUUUUUGUGUACGUUUGAAUAAAAGGCAUAAAGACAAUCGUUGCGGAUCAAUUGCUGGCUCAAGCUGUUUGUAUUUCUAAUCCGAGCACCUCUAAAAGUUUUGUUCUGCAUCGGAGUUCAGACAGAGUUUGUCAAGUCUGCACUCUGUGGUUCAAGUGAGGCUAAAAAGACCGCAUGGCCGGAUGUAAAUUCAACAGACAUGUUUUAGAUUGAUGCAAAGGUGGAUUUACAUCACCCACAGAGGUCUCAUCCCCCUCGGGCGCAGUUUUUUCAACAAAGCUGUGAAUCAAGUGUGAGCCUCAGCUAGGGAUGCAGGCUGGUUAGAGCUAGAUCUGAACUGACGGGGAAAUCAGCUUUCUUCUAGGGAGACCAAACGGUCGGACAUGAACUCUCGGCUUCAGGCUGCAUGAAGAAGGAAGAUAUUCGGAACAGAAAGAGGGAAAGAAAUAAAGCAGGAGCUGUUUGGGCGAAUAAAAUGGCAGAGAUGUGCAGACGGAGGAGCAUCAGGGUGUAGGAGGGAGAGGCUGGACGUAGAGAGGUGCACGGUGGAGGAAGCACUCUGUAAAUGCACGCAUAUACACACUUACACAUGUGCACUGAUAUGUUUUGCUCGGGAACAGCUGACAGCAAAGUGAACAGCAUGCCAUGAUUAAUGGCAGGGUGCAGUAUCCUUCCCUGGUUUACAUCCUCUCUGCCGUUCUGUAGUCAUGCUCUCAGUGAAUGACUGCAGAUUGUAGGGGGGAUGCGCUGGCCUGCAGAGAGCCAUGAUAACUGUCAUUAGAUGGGAGUGAGAGCCCAGAAGGACCACCAUGGAUCAGCAUUACAGGCCUGUCAUGUGCGUCUCUUGACAGCUCUUGCAAGGGCAUCCUGCGAGGAAGAAGAGUCUGUGUUUAAAAAACUCUAUAUUUAAAGCUAAUUUUACAUCCUCUUUGAUCAGGGCUUUCUUCACUAAAGGUUCGAGUCGUCGCUUUAAAUAGCUACAAUUCCAGACAUCGCAUUUAGUAUAAGCUCCAAUGUUUUCUAGCAGCGAUAGCCCUCUGCUGUGUGGGAUGUUUGCUUGAAUUUUUGAAGGAAAUCUGCUGUAUUAGGUGAUUAUUAUGCAGCACAAAAUGAACCGGAGUAGCUGUCGCUGCUGCACAAAUGGAACAAAAGCUGUUCGCAGUUUAUCACACUGGCAUACAGGCAGCUGAAGGAGUGAAUGAGCGGAAUAAAAAUAUGUUUAUCCUCUUUAGUCGAGUAGUAGAAGAGACUUGGCUUAGGACUCAUGGGUACUCGUUGCAUCAGGACGUAACCCAGUUUACCCGAAUUGUGAAUUUUUACCUGCAACAUAUCUUUUAAGUCAUACAGCUAAACACUAAUCAACACAUACUUUUACUUGAUGAGUUUAUAAUAUCGCUCUAUAACGUCCUGGCAGAACCCAGCUCUGCACAUACACACACUACAGAGAGGCACGAUUAGCCCACAUGUGCUCAGUGCUCUAGCUUUUAAACACAAAUGAAAUGCAUGUGCUAACCAUAUGCAGACAUAGAAAUAUGCACCUCAGAUGACAUUUCAGCCCGAGUCUCAUGAUGCAGACAAUGGCUGAGUGUGCGUACAUCUGUGUGGACAUUCCUGUGUCUGUGUGAGCAAGUCUGUGGGAAAACAAAAAUACCAAAAUGCCUGUUUCCUCGUCCUAAUGCAGCCACUUAAAUCUGACAUAAAGCCUGUCACACUUUUCUCAGCCCAUAUUUUGAACCGGUUAAUCAAAACCAGAACAUUAAAUAUAAUCUACAGGAGUAAACGGUUGAUCUUUUAGACUGAAAGUGGUGUUGUGGACAGGGCCGUAGGGUGAGAUAGAUUGGUGCAAGAAAACACGCAGAGGGAAAGACCCACUGGCAGCGCAGCCAAAAUUAAUUCAUUUAACUAGCUAUUUUGUAAAAUUAAAGGCCAAUAAGAAUCAGCCAAAUGCUGAAUAUCAGCCAUGAUAAUUGGCCAAAUCUUCCCUGGUGUUGAGAGCAAAAGUAGGCAGAACCCAACCACGACAGGUGAGGAUAUCCGACUAAAAACCUGCUGUCAGCUAAGGACAAAGUAUUUUGUCAUACGAACAGAUAUCUGCCAGCAAGUGCAGCUCAUAACUGUAACCUGAACAACAAAUCUGCUUGAUAUUGUCACAAAGUCUUGUAUAUUUAUUGCCCUGAAAAACAUCCGAAAUAAUCAGCCCAAUUUCCAUCAAGAAAACAAGUAUUAUAGAUUAGUCUCUGUAUGUUGAUGCUGUUAUUCCUGCUUACAUGAAGUACCAGAACAUGCAAAUGCAUGACUCUGAAGUCUUGGUGUCGUAUAACUUAAGAAAGUUAAGAGUGAAGCCUCUGUGUAAAUUAUUUUCUAUCUACAGUUGAACUGAGAUUCACCAACACAUAGAAAGGCACUACUCAAAGACAUAUGAAAUAACAGUGUUUUUACGGUGCAGACAGUAUCACCAAGAAGUUGGUAUCUGCUCUUAAAGGCCAAUCUAUUCUAAUCACAUGAUGAUAGAUGAUGGGUUUGGAGAUUAUUAGGAAUAACCCAAGAGUUCCCACAUGAUGUAAAGAAAAUAACAGCAGUAAUUUUAGCAGUUUGGUGUCAGCUAAUAUUGUUGAAUUUUUUUUAUUUUCCUUAUGAAAAGCCUCUAAAUUCAGCUCACAUAACCUCGACUUUGCUUUAUAACUCAGCGUACUUCUCUAUUUCCAUCAACCAUCAUGCCAGGUGUCUCUCAGAGGGUGCUCUACCAUUAAAAUCCCAUGAAAAGAAAUUAUACUUUCUAACAAGUUGAUUACCACAUAGGGGGAAAACUUAGUCCUCAAUUUUAAUUCCGCACACAUAAGCCUUCAAAGCAAGAGACACUGAGAAAAACCCACAUCCCCCCAUCAUCACACUGAGUGCACAUAGAGGAGACAUAGAUGGCUCCCCUUAGCUGCUUGAGUCCACUUCAUUCUUAUUCUAGUUCCCCUUGAGGCAGAGUUAUGUAACUAAAGUGCUCAGUGUUACACAUGGAGAGAUAAAUAAUCAAAGAGUCAGUGGUGGCUGGUUUGCACUGACCGAGUCAGUGGGAGGAGCUUUGAGUGCAAGUCAAGACAUCUCUGCUAACGUCUCUCCCUCUCUGUGGUAUCAGCAGCACUGUGAUUACAGCAUGCAGCGGUGCGCACAUGUGUAAGAGAAGGCACGUGUAUGCUUUCCUGCAUGCAGAACGUGCAUUAUGCAUCAUGCCAAAGUGUGUGUGUGUGUGUGAGUGUGUGUUGCAUGUAGAUGUGGCCCAUGACAUGCACACUAGCUGCUACCGCCAUCUCCAGGAAUUAGAGGACACUGCUUAAAAGACAGUCCCGCCAUGGUGCUGCAUUGUCAGCUUGUUGGUGUAUCAGUGUCGCCCUCCAGGUCGGCCUGUUUUCUGUGUGCCCUGACUGUCAAAUGAUGCAUAUUAAUUCUGGGUGCAGUUAGGGUUUUUAUCCAUCACAAACACAAACACAAACACACAAACAGUAUCUGCACCCUCUCCUGAUGGGAGAGCUCUCCAUGGUGCUGAAGCAGUCGUAGUAAACCAGGUAUGAGCUGCAGUCGUCCCAUGCGCAGAAGGGCACACAUAUUAGGUUGAUUCUUCCCUGGAUGCACACAAACGAAGCCCCAUGUGUGGGCUGAUUUAGCCAGGAGAUCAGAAAUUCUUCUACCGUGUGUUGGUCCCUGUUGACGUCUUAUAUAAUCAUGCAAUGUGACAAGUGACCAAGCCCAAUAGCCAUUUACCUCUGUCUGGUGUGUGCAGAAUUGGAGCACACUAUACUGUCUUAUAAAGAGCUUGAGGCGCGCUAUCGUUCAGUCGCUGAGUGUAAAUAUUUGUGUUUUAUAAAUGCAGCAUAUUCACCUACACAAAUGCUCUGAGUCCCUCCCCCUUUAAGGGGCUCUAGCAUCUCUCUGUCCUUCCCAUCCGCCAUGAAAAUGAUUGGUUCCUCCUCACACACCCACCUUCAUCACCAAGACAACAUUGAUCCCCACUUGCAAUUACAAGGAAAUAACAGGUCUGCCAUUCAGGUGCUGCGUGGAAAUCGAUGAAAAAUGUAGAAAGGGGGCUAGCAAAAUAGGCCCCAUUAUUCAGUCUUGCUACGAGCUCCACAAACACACUCGAUUUAAAUUUCCUCCAGGAAGAAAAACACUAAGACAAAGAUGAGCCACAGUCAGCAGGCGUUUUCCCCUUAUUCAGCUAAGAAGCAUUGAACUGGUUUCAAAUUAAAAGAUUACACUCUUCUGAUAGUUUUGUGUUUCAUAUUUCACUGCACAAAACUAGGUCUAGCCAGCUCAGCAUCCCCCAACAAAUACUGUGCAGAAAACUGCUUUUGUCAUGGUUUUCCCAAUAUCUAUGUCUCUAACUGACUCCUCUUUGCCGUAAAUCUUAGGCCAGAGUAGUAGAGCAAAUCUGUCAAGGCUUAUAUUAUGGAUGAAUGUGUUUUGCAUCCACCAGUGCUGCACAAUUUUGUCACAACUGGAGGUAUAGAAACUUCAAAAAUUCGCAGGGAUGGCGUGCAUCUUACAAAUAACCCAUCCAGCUUUAAAUGGAGGACCCUUUUAGCGAAUGAUGGAGAGGAAAUGAGAGGAAUAAGAGGGUAUAUGAAGGUAAAAGAGGGUGGAACAAACAGACAUGAAGGGUAAAAAAAAAAACAGCAAGAGUGUGCGGUUUUGGAAGGACAGAUAGCGCCUGAAACUUGAGAGCCACAGGGCUCACCGGCAUUUGUAUGCUCAGCACACUGCGCCCAGUGCAGGGGACUCUCUCUCUCAGUCCUGUUUACACUUGCACACAGUUAUUUAUUCUGCUCUACUUCAAGCCCUCACACAGCAGCACGGCCAUCACUUCCUGCUCGGUGGUCCCGUAGCACUGCAGCAGCACCUGGGUUCUCCUUCCUUCGCCAAAGGGGUUCCUGUAAUAGAGAUGAUUAAACGCUGCAUCCGAAUUGGCACCUUCGGGCGGUAUACCCACACACCUCCAUCAGCGGGUCACCUCUGUAAACAGUGUGGUCGGUCACAUGCAGAAUCUGUUCCAGGACUUAAUGUACAAAAUCCAUACCAGCCUCUUCUGAAUGUGACACUGACUAUGGUGAUAGUGUAAUGACUGGGGAAAUGAUGUGUCACUAAAAUAGCACCAGUACACAGUGUCAGUGUUUGAGAAACCUCCAGAAAAUGAGUAAAUGAUCUCAUCCAAGCCAUCCUUUAGUGUGACCCUUACCUGUGUCAAAGUGGGAGCUGAAGGCAAAACUGGGAUUGAAAAACGCCGAAGACAUGACAAUCACAUGUAGGGCAAAGACCAUCCUCCUCGUUGCGUUGCAGAGAGCAGUAGAAAAGCCUCAACACCUCCCCCCCAAAAAAGGUCGAGGAUAAAUUCCCGGCUCAGGUGCGUUUAAGAUUCAAGUAACCUGGACUAGAAGCAGUGAUGCGCAGCAUUUUAUUCCUUUAUUCUUCACAGAGAGAGCCCCGAAAAUCCUUCUCCUCCUUCAGCUCGAGCAGACCUGGAGACAGAUGUUGACAUUUCAGCACAUCUGUUUGUUGCCUCUUCAGCGUGACAGCUAGUCAGGCCAGGUUAGGUGUACCUACUCGGUUACCCAGCGAAACGAGAACCAGUCUUUGACAUCAGUUUUAUUUACUGCAGAGUCUUGGCCGUCUCAAACAUUUGGGCAUCUCUCGUUUGAGUUGUUUUCAGAGUGCACCUCCGGUUGCUUGUUAUUUAGAGCUAAAAUGUUACCUUCAUGAAGAGCAGCUGCUGGAUUUGAAAAAGACACCUCGGGAGGCGAUGCGCAUUUGGGUUUCAGCUUCUACUCAGUCAGGAUGAGCGACAUCUUGCAGCAGUGUAAAGACACCCACAGCAUGCCUUUAAAGUACUUCCGAUUUCAAAAUAAAAGCCGUAAAAUGAAAAAAAGUCUAGAUUAAAAAAACAAACUCACCCACACUUAAUUUUUUGAGAUAUUCAAAUUUGAGUUUUCAUUAGUUUGAAAUUGUAAUCAUCAUUGUGAACAGAAAUAACACUUGAAAUACACCUGUCUGGGUGUGAUAAGCCUAUGAUCACUUUUAAUUGAAUUAUUGAAAUUAAUCAACUUUUUGAUGAUAUUCUAAUUUAUUGAGAUGCACAUGUGUAUAUAUGUGUGUAAAUUAAAUUAUAUUGUGACACUUAACAUUUGUGUAAUAUAUUAUAUUAUUUAUCAUUAGAUAGAUAGAUAGAUAGAUAGAUAGAUAGAUAGAUAGAUAGAUAGAUAGAUAGACAGACUUGACAAAAAAAACUGACUUAUAUUUCCCCCAAAAGUGCCAAAACCAGGCCUCCAAGGUUUACAAGUGCUCUUGGUUAAAGAAACAAAACGUAACAAAAUAAUAAUAAUGAUAAUAACUUUUGCUGAUUUUGAUCUUAAUGCAGAGUGCAACGCAGAGAACGACUCAGACUUGUUUGUUGACUUACCUUUUCCUAAGGAGACUAAACAGUUAUGUCCCCAGAGGAUUUCUUAGAGUAUCUCUUAAAUGAACACCCAGAUUUGUUCAGAGAUGAAAACCCAGAUAUUUCCCGAUCAUCUCAGAUUUGGCCUCAAAGUACAACUCAUAUGACUUAGAUUAAUGAAUCAUCUCAAGGCAAACAGCUCCUACAGAAGAAACAUUGUUUUAAAAAGCAGGGCUUGCUUUCCCCUUUAACUUUUUUUGUUAAAAGGAGUUUACACCCGGUGCUCCGGUUUCCUCCAAUAUAACAAAGUCCCCCCAUUGUCACUCACAUUCACUAUCAUAGUCACUUACAUACACUAUCAAACUCUCACACACAGACUACCACACACUGUUACAUAAUCUAUCAUUUUGUCUUACAUAUACCAUCAUUCGGUUUCUUUGUCAUGGACAUUUACAUUCAAAAUUAAGUCAAAUCUUGUGAGAAAUGUACACUUUAUCUACACUGUACAGAGAAACUGAGACACUUUGCAUUGAUAAGCUAAAAUAUAAUUGAUUCCCUGGUUUUGAAAAAUACAUAAACAGGUUUUUAUACCUCCAGGUUUCAAUCUCCAUCCCUGCAAGUGAAUUCUUUUUACUAAGUAGUAACAAGACAGAAAACUAGGUAUGCACAAUAUUAUCAGCAUGACAGUGGUGUUGACAGACAGAAGCUUUAAUAUUCAAGAAAUAUCACUAUUGGCAGAUAUGAAUAUUUUUGCUGAUAUUUACAACCAAUAUGUCUGCAGUGUAAAUCUUAUCUUACUGUAUCAUCAAGUAGAGAUGGCUGCCAAAAGGAUGCCACCAUAGACUGUAUAUAGAACGGACAUCAUCAUCUGCCUCCUGGGUGAAACCUCUGUGAGAACAGCACCCCCUGGUGACAGGCUGAAGUAUAGGUCAUAAACCCUGCCUCUUUCAGACAGGUGUGGACAAACUUAAGAAGUCAGUUACACAGAAUUAAAUGUUUUCUCCCCCCUGGUUGCAAUGAUGACAAGUAGUUAUUGGUUUGGGCUGAAGUCCUCUUUUUUUCUGUAAAGCUCGUAUUUUUUAAAGUUAUAUAGGGUUUAUGUUUUCUAUGAUUGAUACUUGAUGAGGCCUUUGGGCGUACGAAAGCAUUUUGACUUCAAAUUCAUAUAAUGAGGAAAGUCAGAGCCAAGUUGUCCAAAGUAUAUACAGUCCAUGGCUAUUUCCAAAAAAGCAUUGACAUACAGUUUACUGUGGUGGAGAAGGGCAAAGCAGCGAACCGGGCAGUCCUCAAGAAGUGCGGUUAGACAACUGGUUGCCUGUAUGAGGCUCCGGUCAUCAUUAGAGUCAGGAAGUACCACAAGCUUCUUCUGUAUGGUAACUGUACCAAUGGUCAUGUGAAGUAGAGGAGGACUAGUGGACAGGUGAGAAUGUGGCUCUGAUAUUGUCAUGUUUUGUGUUGUGUUCUCAAAGGCUAAAAGGAAGACAUCAUUUUUAUCUAGAACCUUCCACUAGAUAUCACUAAAUAAUUUAAUGACUAAAUAAUUUUUCGAACACUCUACCUCUACUACAACUGUCUCUCCUCUCCUUUGGAUGGGCAUGAUAUUGUAGGCCUAAUUGACCUUCAAGGUAUACUCACACACUUAAAAAUAGAUUUCUCUUGGCAAGGGUAAUUUCAGUUCAGAACCUGACAGAGAUAUUUUUACACACUGUACUUCGAAAACACAAUCAAAACAAAAUGUCACUCUGAAAUGCAAAGAAAGCCUUUAUCUGCUUGUCCAAACACAGUCAAAAGUUGACAUCAACAGAAGUCCUGUCUCUGACGAACCAAAUGACCAAUCCCAGGUUGAAAUUUUGGGGCUGUGCCUCAGAUUUGCGACUCAGAUUAUUUCUAUGCAAACGCCCUGGAGGUCUGUAGAUGUCAGAGGCUGCUAGUCUUCAGAAAAAGUUUACAUCUCUCAUCCUGUCUUUGUCCUCUCUUCUCUCGCUCUUGAACAUGAUGAUGUUUGCUGUGGGCCCUCUGCUGGUUGGUGGCAGUAAUACAGGAUUAUUGUAGGAAACAGGAGACACUGCUGCUCUAAAGUAGAAUGCCUUUAAAUAGGUUGUUUUGCAGUGAACUGUGCAACAUAUGCAAGUAUUUAAAAAGGUAUAUUCUGAUAUUUUUGUAUGCAAACUUUUGCUCCUAGAGUUUAUCUGCAGUUAUAUUCAAUACAUGUUUUGCAAAAAUUUCAUACAAUGAAUUAAACCUUCAUUCAUUUGUCUUUGUGUGGUUUACCAGCACAAAUCUGAUGAUAAUUCCAUCAGCACAUAUUGUGUUGUCAUUCUGUCUGAUAUACACUAGAGAGCAGCACUGGAUAACAUUUGAAAACGACAGCCCGCAUGUUAUUGGGGUAUUUUCUGAAACCACAUCUACACCAUGGCACACGAAAGCAAGUCUUGGUUUCAGCAGAAGUGAGAUUUCAUCUUCCAGAAGUCCCCUGUCAUCUACAGGAUACAUCUGUAAGCUUCAUGUCUUUCUUUAGGUUCAUGUAAAUGAAGAGGUUUAGUAUCAGCUCUCUGUGUUUGCUGAACUUGAGCGCUGAUGCUUAAAUUAAUAUGAUUUCCAUAGUUUGUUUGCAUAGCUGUGCAUGCACAUGUGAAAGCCACAGUUAAUAUAUCAUAUCAUAAAUUAAGUGUUUCAUUUUACCAUUAACUUAUCCUGUGAUAGUUGUGUUUAUGUACGUCAUUAUUCCCCAUCUACCAGAACUUAAACAAAACCUAACAUGUCUUUUUUCAUUCUCAAAAGGGAAAAAUAUGUUAAACUCAGCAGAUUUAAUGAAAGCUCCUCCUCCUCAGUCACAGUGUUGUAUUAAAUUGCUCCUCCAGCACCUCCUCUCCUCAUCCUCAGAUCUGUCAGCAGUCAGCUCACUUUCCAAGUUGUAAGGGACGUUUACAGCACACACUGACAACAUGCUGGGGAGCCUCUGCACUCUCAUCACUGCUCUAACAUGUAAGGAGGCUGACUUCCUGCAGCUUUCAGCUCAUGUUGGAUUCAUCAGUCUGUGUGUUUCUCUUGACUCCAUGUCAUCUUGUUGUUUCCAGGUGUGAGUGCUGUUACCGUGGUGACACAGAAGCCUCCUACUGUAGCUGUGAGGAGAGGAGAGACAGCCAACAUGGACUGUAACCUGGGGACUGUGACAAAUAUUGCUGCCCACUGGUACAAACAGAUUCCUGGAAGAGUUCCUCAGUAUGUUGUGGGGAUGUAUCAUGGUUGGAGUGCUCCACAUUAUGGCUCUGGUUUCUCCUCUCCUAAAUUCACCUCCACUCAUCAGUCACAGACAGAUUAUCGUUUGAUCAUCAGCUCUGUGGAGGAGGGAGACUCUGCAGUUUAUUACUGUAAAACAUUGGACCUCUCUGCUAAAGAGCUCGUAUCACAGUGA